CCGUCUGGUAAUUAUUCGCGUUUUCCAAGUACAGCCGCGGAUAUUUAUAUAUAUAUCAUAAAGUUAUGUGCAUAAUAAUUGGUCCACCAAAAAGGAAUCCUCUCAAAACGUAACUGGAUUUCGUACCGUGUAAAAAUGGAUGGGGUAUGAUUUUUCCGUAGAUGAUACUUUCAUAAGUUGGUUAUGGUUUGUGUUUACAUUGAAUAAUGUGCGUAAGUGUCGUUUUAUUGUCAAUAUCGAAACUAACUAAUACAAACCCAAUAAACUACAACGUGUUUCGGUUGAACGCCACUGGAUAAGCCGACUUUAACGAUGCAGUACCAUGUCCAGUAGUGUGGGAAAAGCGCGGGUUACUGAUUCGGGUCUCUCAGUCAGGUACACCCCGUGCGACAACCGCAUCGCUGAGUCGGACUCCAUUGAGUACCGACCGAGCGAUGUUAACGGUGAUAACACUGAUGAAGAUAUUGAUGAAAUUUCCGUAAUCGACGAGAAGCCGGAAGAAGGCCAUGGUAGCGCAAGUGACGAGAGUCACUCAGACGAGGAGGGCAUUGAAAAAGAGUGUCAUGAGAAUCCGGAUGUUCAAAGCGAGAAGACGGACACGGAGCUUAAUGGACCCAAAACGCUUCCCGGUUCAGUCCUAAGCGUCGCCUCCUCACCAAACGACAAAACUAAACUGAUAGGCGAGCGUUUAAGUUCGCGGACGACGCUGUCGUCUCCCAUAAACUCAAACCGAUACACUGACCCAAAGUCAUACAGAUCUCGAACGACCUCCCGACAGAGCAUCUUUGAACUGGUACGUGUCCGGACCUCAAGGAAGCCUUCUCGGGACGACCAUUUUAAUCUUAUGAAAAAGGUUCGCUCAAACGAAACCGUCGCGUCUAAGGAGGUACGUAAACAGCGCCGAAAAGAUAUCGCCACGAGGUUUGGGAAGAAGAGCAUCCGUUCUGAUACCCGGUUUGAUAACGCCACAACCGUCUCCGAGUCCGAUGGCUGUAACUGGACGUUUGUAUUCGACCCUUCCGGUCGCCUUAGCUACUGGUGGUCUUCGGUCGUCAGUAUCGCAUUCAUAUACAAUUUCUGGGUGAUAAUCUACCGUUUUGCGUUCCAGGAAAUAAGCUCACACAAUAUUUCCAUAUGGUUCACGCUUGACUAUUUGGCUGACUUCAUAUACAUUCUUGAUAUCGCUUUUCAUUUCCGCACGGGAUACCUCGAAGACGGUGUUUUACAGACAGACGCCACUAAAUUGCGUUUACAUUACAUGAAUACAACCAAUUUCUAUGUUGAUUGUCUAUGUUUAUUGCCAUUAGAUUUCUUAUAUUUGUCUAUAGGAUUUUGCUCAAUUUUACGUUGUUCAAGAUUAGUCAAAGUCUACCGGUUUUGGAUGUUCCUAGAUCGUACCGAGCGGCACACAAAUUACCCAAAUGUUAUACGGACGACCACACUCAUGCAUUACCUUCUGGCACUGUUUCACUGGAACGCCUGUCUGUACUACAUUAUCGCGAACAGGUUGGGUAAAUCUUCGACAACGUGGGAAUUUCCGAAAGACAACGGUGACGUCAUGAGGCAAUACCUGCACGCCCUCUACUGGAGCACUCUUACCCUUACAACCGUUGGGAAUUUACCGAGACCCAAAACGAACGGUGAUUACGUGUUUACAAUAUUUGAAAUGGUGUUCGGAUUACUUUUGUUCGCAACCGUGCUGGGUCACAUAUCCAACAUCGUGUCCUGCAUCAGUGCGGCCCGCAAGGACUUUCAAGAAAAACUCGACAAUGUUAAGACCUACAUGUCCUUGCGACGGGUCCCCUUGAGGCUACAAGACCGUGUCAUCAAGUGGUUCGACUAUCUCUGUAUGUGCAACAAGUCCACCGAUGAGGAAAAGACGCUAAGUAUUCUGCCGGACAAGCUCAAAGCCGAGAAAGUCAUCCACGUCCAUCUGGAUACGCUGAAACGCGUAGAGAUAUUCCAGCAGACCGAAGCCGGGUUUUUGUUCGAGCUGGUGCUAAACCUAGACCCUGACUCCACCUCGCCCGGUGAUUACAUUUGCAGGAAAGUUGAAGUUGGUAAGGAGAUGUACAUAGAUAACAGGGGCCGCCUCAACGUCGUCGGAGACAACGGAAAUACGGUCCUAGCGACUCUUAAUCCGGGCAGCUACUUCGGAGAAAUAAGCAUCCUAAAUAUGGGUACUUCUGGAAAUCGUCGAACGGCCUCUGUUCGCUCCGUUGGCUAUUCAGAUCUUUUCCGACUGUCAAAGCAGGGCCUCUGGGACGUGCUGAAGGAAUAUCUCGGCGCGCGCGUAAAACUUGAGGCAAUUGCGGUAAUGCGUCUUAAGAAAACGGAGAAGAAACCAAUAGAAACCGCAUUAACGCGCAGCAAGAGUACGUCAGGACUGGUAGAAUCCACAGAUAAAACACCAUUUAAUGGCACGUUCAUGACCCGACACCACAAUCUCCCAUCUGGGAUGCCAACCCUUAGUGCUUCCACGGAACUUCCUCAAAUAACGUCAGAGCUUGAAAUGCAGAUGACGUGCACUAGUGACAUUGCUAGCACGGGCAGCACGGACGAUCGCUCAAACCCGUUCGAGUAUAUCAGCAGGGAGUCAAUGAUCUGA